AUGGCUGAGCUGCAAGGAUUUUUUUUGUUUUGCCGCGAAGACAGCGCGCAGGCGCUGGAGAUGGCCCGGGCCUGGCGAGAGGCAGACCAGCAGGUGCUGCAGGAGAUACAGCUCAAGCAGCAGCAAAAACAUAUGCUGCAGCAGCAGCAGCAGCAGCAGCAGCAGCAGCAGCAGCAGAAGGGUGUGAACCAGCAGCAGCAGCAGCAGCAGCAGCAGCAGCAGCAGGAGGAACAGAAAAGGACAACAGAGACAUCCUGA